GGAAUUCUUUCCCGUAAGUAGUUGGGAUUCGUCCUAGGGGUUAGGACCCGAAGGGUGAAGGUUCGGCUCUAUGUAUGAGAGAAAGAAAACACUUCUUACUUGUUUUUUUGUUGUCUUUAUUUCUUUGCUUGGUGCUUACAGUCAGUUGUGACGGUGUCAAGUAUCACUCGCGAUAAGGUUUGUAGUACGCGACGUAGCUCGGACGUUGUUAUGUUACUCUCCGCUCAGUCACGGCAUGGUCGCGCUUAUAUGCGAUGAUUUCUGGCGCAAUUUUGGGGGCCAGUGACCGGGCGUCGGUAGCUUCUGCGAGGUUAAACGUUUCGACAUCGGAACGCGGUAGCCUUGUGGUUUAAUUGUGCAGCGUAGGGCCUAUUUCUAGGCCGAUACGGAACUGUUUCCGAACGCGAUUUUGUAAUCUCACGGAAGUUACUUGGGACUUCCGUGAGCGCGGCAGAUUCUUGUGCGUCUUUCGAAAGAGGUGCUUCUUGUAACGUCUUUCGAAAGAUGCGUUUCGCAAUUGUGAUAUAUGUACGGUUGUAAUCGGCUUACAACAUAUUGUUAUACGUAUAUGUAUAUAUUUUUUGCAUUAUUAUAUUUUUAAUAUUUAUACAUUGUAUUAUUUAUAUUUUAUUAUUACUAAUAAAGUAGUAUAAAAAAAAUAUUUUGUAUAAGUAAGAAAAAUGACCCAAAGAAAAAUGAACCUUUCCAUGUUAAAUUAAAAUUACGAUAUUAUAAUUAUUUACACAUUUUAUAAAGUAGUAUAUAAAUAUUACAAUUGUACUGUUAUUAUUUAAUAUUAAAUAAGGUUAUUUAUACUAGAGUAAAUCAACUAUUAUUUAUAUUUACUUAUUUAUAUUAAGUAGAAAUAUUAAGGUAAGUUUACUAUUAUUUACAAUGCAAAUUAUAAACCUUAUGAUAACAAAAAUGAAUUAAAAAUAACAUUUUUUAGUGGUGUUAUUUUUGGUAUUACUUGCCAUGGUAUUUUUAAAAUUAUUACUUUUUACAACUUUCAAGUCUAAAUUAAUACUCUAAUAUUAUUGCUUUCGAUAUUUACUGUCAGUACUGAAAAUCUAGUUUACGUUAUGUGGCAGUAAGUUUCGGAACGUAGUCUAUGUUACGCAAUUAAUUCAGCAAUUUCAAUUUUGCGUUUGCAUUCUGGGUCAUCUUUUAUUGGCUCACUAUACGUGACGUACACUGACGUCACGGCAUCAUGCGCAAUGGUUCAGCUGGUAUCCUUACACCAUGGCUGCGUUCCGUAAAGCGCAUAUGCGCACAUAUGGGUCAUAUGCACGCAGGAUAUCGUUUUGGCAUCGCACAUAUGCAUGCAUAUGCGCAAAUACGCAUGCACAUGUAUGAACCGAACAUCCUGCGCGCAUUAACUGCUUCAAGUUGUUUCAAGUCUGGGGCAAGAGUAGUUAAUGCGGUUAAUGAGUUUGAUCUUUACGAUUUUUGUCAUUAUUUGUGAAGUGAGAUUCUUUUAUAAUAUUCUUCGAAAAAUGGAUUUAGUGAGUUUUGAUAUUUUUAUCAAUGAUGAUUUAACGAUAACAAUACAAACCGAUCAAAAAUCGGCCGAAAGAGGCCGAAAAUCGGCUUUCACAGAUUAUGCUUAUUUGCAAGAAAUAACCAAUCAAGAAUUAAAUAAACUAAAUAUGAAAACAGCAAAUAAAAUGAAAGAUGUGUCUCAAAGUGCAGAAUCAAAUAAAGAAAAUAUUUUUUUGGAACAUUCGCAAUGUAAAAAUGAAGAAAGAAGUAUUUCAUUAUGGGCGCAGAAAGACACACACCUUCUUAUCACACUGUAUAAAGAAAAAGAAGAUGAUCUUAAAAAAGGACGAAUAAGACAAGGACAAUUUUGGGAAAAUAUUGCUAAAAAAAUAAAUAAAAUUAAUUCUAAAAUUAAAAAAACUGCAAUUCAAUGCAGCAAUAAAAUGUCCUGUUUAAAACGUACUUAUAAAAAUAUUAAAGAUUAUAAUAAUAAAUCUGGAAAUGACAGAAAAACUUGGUUAUUUUACGAGGAGAUGGACGAGAUUUUUGGCACUCGAGCAUCGAUAUUACACCAAAAAGCUUGGCUUCUGAAGCUGGUUCAAGUCAACCUUCGUCAUCAUCAUCAUGCAGUUCAACCUCAUCAUCACCAAUUGGUAUAAAAUCACUUAAAAGAAAAAGAGAAGUAUUUUUAGAAGAACUAAUAAGCCAAAAUAAAAUUCAUAAUAAAGAAAGAAAUAUACGAGAACAGAAAAAACUCGAAAUGUUUAAUACAUUUAGAGAAGAGCGACUUAAGAUGCACAAAGAAAAAAUCAGCAUGCAACAAAAGUUAUUAUAUAGAUGCAAUAAAAAUGUUAAAU